GGGCUGCAGCUCGGGCGCACAUAAACUCCUGCGAGUAGUUGGCCUUCAUUGCAGUCGAGCUCAGACACUCGAGGAAUACACACCACGCUCAGGUCGCGCUAAGCUGACAACCCACCUUUGCAGAGAAAAUGGAAGAUGAAAUUGCAGCCCUCGUUGUUGACAAUGGCUCUGGAAUGUGCAAAGCUGGCUUUGCAGGAGACGACGCUCCACGUGCCGUCUUCCCCUCCAUUGUUGGCCGCCCCAGGCAUCAGGGCGUGAUGGUCGGAAUGGGCCAGAAGGACAGCUACGUCGGUGACGAGGCGCAGAGCAAGAGGGGAAUUCUGACCCUCAAGUACCCCAUCGAGCAUGGCAUCGUGACCAACUGGGACGACAUGGAGAAGAUCUGGCAUCACACCUUCUACAACGAGCUGCGCGUUGCCCCUGAGGAGCACCCCGUCCUGCUCACCGAAGCCCCCCUGAACCCCAAAGCCAACAGGGAAAAGAUGACCCAGAUCAUGUUUGAGACCUUCAACACGCCUGCCAUGUACGUAGCCAUCCAGGCCGUGCUGUCCCUGUACGCCUCCGGCCGUACCACCGGUAUCGUCAUGGACUCCGGAGAUGGCGUGACCCACACCGUGCCCAUCUACGAAGGAUACGCUCUGCCUCACGCCAUCCUGAGGUUGGACCUGGCUGGCAGGGACCUCACCGACUACCUCAUGAAGAUCCUGACCGAGAGGGGUUACAGCUUCACAACCACAGCCGAGCGUGAGAUUGUGCGCGACAUCAAGGAGAAGCUGUGCUAUGUCGCGCUGGACUUUGAGCAAGAGAUGGGAACUGCUGCCUCCUCCUCUUCAUUGGAGAAGAGCUACGAGCUGCCCGACGGACAGGUCAUCACCAUCGGGAAUGAGAGGUUCCGUUGCCCGGAGGCCCUCUUCCAGCCUUCCUUCCUUGGUAUGGAGUCAUGCGGCAUCCAUGAGACGACCUUCAACAGCAUCAUGAAGUGCGACGUCGACAUCCGUAAGGAUCUGUACGCCAACACCGUCCUGUCUGGAGGUACCACCAUGUACCCCGGCAUUGCAGACCGCAUGCAGAAGGAGAUCACCGCCCUGGCUCCCACCACCAUGAAGAUUAAGAUCAUUGCUCCCCCAGAGAGGAAGUACUCUGUAUGGAUCGGAGGCUCCAUCCUAGCUUCCCUGUCUACCUUCCAGCAGAUGUGGAUCAGCAAGCAGGAGUACGACGAGUCCGGCCCAAGCAUCGUCCACAGGAAGUGCUUCUAAAGAGACUUUUGGUUCCAUGCCCACCCCUUCCAAAAAACACUGCUCCAGCCCAAACAGGCUCUGCAUACCUGCACCGAAACACUGUGCUGAGCCGACACCUCUUCCAUUCUGUCAUCACUCUUGGCUAUGCCACUAUAGCCCCCCUCUACAGGAAGUAAAGAGCAUCCCUGGCAGUGUGAAUGUGUGAAAAAACAUGUCAGUUGUGUAGGUCAUUCCAGAUGUCUAUGUUCACCACCUUAUUUGCCUCUAUGAAGGUUUAUUCUGUCAGGCGGUGUUGCCUGACAGAUCUGUAGUUAUUGCUUAAUAUGUAUAAGUUAUGUAAUCUGAACUGUUUUGUUUUUGUAUUCUCAGCCUUAAUAUUUGGUCAAGUUUGUCAUAAUUCAGAAAAAAAAUCAAGGCUUCUACCUUGUGUUGAGGUGUAUGAAGGUUUGUGCAUGGGGUGUUAAGCCUCCAGUGAACACAACAGCCCAAUAAAACGCACAUGUCUGAGA